AUGCAAAAUUUGCAAAUGCUCCUUAUUGUGUUUUUAUUCGCGUCUGCCAAUUCUCAAGUAACAACAAAAACUCUUCUAUCAACGCUGAAACAUCCACCAAAAACCGUCAACAAACGAUCAAUUUUGGAGAAUCAUGAUAAAUUAGAUGAUUUUCACAACAAUUACAACGAGGGAAAUGUAAGAUUGGCGUAUGUGACACCGGUAAGAAAUUUUUGAAAAAAAAUGAUUGCUCAUGCUAAUAAAUUCCAGUGGAACAACCAUGGUUAUAAUUUGGCAAAACAAACAGCCCACAAACUUUCUCACAUUUCACCAGUUUGGCUGCAAGCAAAACCCAAUUGUAAAAUUGAAGGAAUACAUGACAUCGACAGAAAUUGGAUAAAUGAUUUACGAGUCAAAAACGAGAAGAUCAAAAUUGUGCCUCGAAUCAUUUUCGAAGGUUGGAAUCGUCAAGAAAUGCAAAAAUUAUUAGAUUCACCCAGAAAAUGCGCGCAAAAACUAGCCGAUUUCUACAAUCGAAAUGAAUUUGAUGGCGCUGUUAUUGAAAUAUUCCUACAAUCUUUGAUGACAAUCCAAAGUCUUCAAGCAAAAGUAUACAUCAUUGAAGCGAUGGAAGAUGUGUCAAAGGUCUUCAAAAAAUCAAAUCUUGAAGUUAUUUAUACUGUUCCAGCACCAUUAGACUAUAAAAAUCAGCCAAAUCAACUUAUUGAACCAAUUGAAUUCGAAAAAAUGAUUGGAUUUUCGGAUUAUGUGCAAGUUAUGACGUAUGAUUAUCGAUCUGAUACAAUCAGCGGAGUUGCACCAUAUAAUUGGGUGGAGAAUAAUUUGAAUUAUUUGGGAAAUGGAGAAAAUCUGUUGUUGGGAAUCAAUUUUUAUGGCUAUGAAUUUACAAAAGAAGGUGUUGAUGCGAUAAAAGGAAAAAGGUUUUUGUUAGAUUUAGAAAAACCUUCUGAAUAGAAAAAUUUUCCAGAUUCUUGGAAGCUCUUGCUGAAAAAUCAAGCAAAUACACUUUCGACGAAUCCGUAAUGGAGCACAAAUUGGUCACAUCAAAAUCGACCAUUUAUUAUCCAUCUUUAUCUUCUUUGGAACUUCGAAUCAAUUUAGCACGUCGUGGCGGUAUUGCGAUUUGGGAUUAUGGACAAGGUCUCGAUUAUUUUAUUGAUUUGAUUUAG